AUGAAAUAUCAAGAGGAUGGUGAUGAUGAUUUUGAAGAGAAUAAGCCACCAACUUCAGAAUCCUUCCUAGACUUGGCUGCAGAAAAAGUUGGAUUCUACGAAUUUUGCUUUCAACAAUAUGUUAUGAACAUGUUGAAGGAGUGUGAGAAGGAGUGGAGUGAAAAGGGUCUAUGGCAACACAUUGUCUUGAAUUUGAAAGAGGAUGAUAAUUCUUCAUCAUCAUCCACAGUGGCAGAUAAGACUCAUCAACCCGAUGAUUUAUUAUUAUUCGAGAGUUUGAUGAAACAAUUUCAAGUUUACAAAUCCUUCCUGAAGAAUAGUGGUAAGAAGAUUGUGGAAGAGGAAGCAGCUCUCCUUAGAGUUAGAAAAUUUUCACUCACCGAUGAAACCUUUUCCAAGUGGAAGGAUAUCAAGUUGGCAAAGUGUUGUGUUUUGGGCUGUGGUGCAGUUGGCAAGACAACAUUUUGUAAAUCCUUAGAUGUUUCAAAAUUCAAACCACACCAAAAGUAUUUACCAACCAUUGGUUGUACUGUCUCAGUUUUCAAUUUGUCAACACAAUUGAAUCAGACUGAAAGCUUGAACAUUGCAUUAUGGGACUGGGCAGGAGGAGAACAAAUAUACGUACCAAGAAAUUCUUUUUUGAAUGAUUCCAAAUAUUGCAUCAUUGCUUUUGACUUGACAAGCAAAGCCACCUUACUAAAUAUUCGUUUCUUUAUAGAGCAGGUUAGAAAGUUAGUCCCCUCAUGUAUCAUGGCCAUUGUUGGUAUGCAGUCAGAUCACAGUUCAGAAUACAAGAUUACAAAUCAAAGACUCUACAAUCGAUUGGCUACACACACAGUUCCCUAUAUUGAGAUUAGCUCCAAAUUAUUGGAGCACAACACAGUUCCACUGUGGUUUUUCUUUUUGAUGGAGUAUCUUAAUGCUUGA